UCCAUGCAACCCGUGUGUGUCUGCGUGGUCACUCUGUCCCUUACAAUGUCUGCGUGUUCCCUUCCCUGUCUGCCUCGGUCUGCGUCUCGCUCUGCGUGUCAUUCCGGUAUCUCUUCCUCCGCAAUCUGCGUCUCUCGGCGUCGUUCUUGAGUGUCUCGUUCUCCCUCUCUGCCAGGAAGCCUUCCCCGCUUCGUGUCCAGACGGCUCCACUCAGCCCGGGUGUCACAAUUUGCGCAAGCGCUGCCAAACGCAAUUCUUUUCGAAAGCGAUUCCACCUCCAGGUCCCUGGCUCCUCUCAUCAAUGCACACGUGCAUUGCGGAGGCGACGGCGGAGGAAGCCAAACAGUUCCAGUCGUUCAGGAAGCACCCGGGCAUCAGCCACGUGCGGAGCGUGAAGGCCCCCGAGCCCCUGAGGCAAGGGGUGAAGGUGUUGCUGGCGAAGUUCCAGAUCCCACAUCUGCCAGAGCGGAUGAAGGAGCUUUGCAACUAUCUGUGGAGUCGCACGCUGCCAAUAGAAAUGCAACCCCUUCAGAAGAGGGCAUCGCAGAUCCAUAGCGACGUCGUCAAAAGCUGUGGGUUUGAGAAAACCGGCGAUCGUUUGGAAAAGCAGAAACAAGAUGAAAUAGUGGAAAGCCUGGUACUGCAGAAACUGCGUAAGGUGACCUAUCACUGGAAGAUGCUCAGGUACGACGAGGACACGAGCCUGACCUUCAUGGCGGCGCGCAUGGGCGGGUGCCACGCGGCCACUGUGCGUGCGCUCACCGAGAUCAAGAAACGUGUUCCUGACUUUUGCCCCACGUCCCUCCUGGACUUCGGCUCGGGCACAGGCAGCUCUGUGUGGGCUGCUCACGAGACCUGGUCAGGCUCCAUUGGAGAUCACUACUGCGUGGACGUGUCGCCCGCCAUGAACAAGCUCGCCGACAUGCUGCUCCGGGAAGGACAAGAAAAUGCGACGUCAGUUAUUGAGAGGGUCUACUUUCGCCAAUUUCUACCUCCAUCAAAGGUACGAUACGACGUUGUUGUGGCGGCGUUUUCGCUGAGCGAGCUGGGAAGCGCCACCGAUCGUCUCAGCACCGUGCUGUCUCUGUGGCAGAGAACAAACUCUUUUCUGGUACUGAUUGAGAAUGGAACUCUCAGUGGAUAUACCAUUCUGAUGCAGGCAAGGGAUGCACUUCUGCAGGAAACUGAUGAGCAGAAUAAAGAAAAUCAAGGGCAUGUCUUUGCACCUUGUUCACAUGGUCUGCAGUGCCCACGGACGCUGGCGAGGAAGCUCAUUCCAUGCAACUUCACUCAGAACUACCAGCCGUUUGACUUUGAAUCCAAACUACAUCCUUCCAGAACAGAGAAGUUCUCGUACCUGAUUUUUCGCCGCGGUGAGGAAAACGCUGAGCAGGUGUGGCCGAGGAUCUUGCAGCCGGUGAAGUGCAGGACGCGCCAUGCGCACUGCCACAUGUGCUGCUCCAACGGAGCCAUCGAGCACAUCGUGUUUACACGCCAGAGGCACGGCAGAGAUCUGUACAGGAGCAUUCGUCACUGCAAGGUGGGAGAUAGGGUGCCUACAGACCAGCUGGACUUUAAGGAGAAGUCCAACCAUGAAUCAUAUGAUGAGUCACAAUGAUGUGUGUUUUUUACGCUCACUGUUAAAAAAUACAAGUUUAAACUAUUAACUUUGACAGUCUUAUUGUCCUGCGAACAUUUUGGAUUAUGUGAAGACCACUGCAUAAUUCAAGGCCUCUGGAAAGGGAAUUACUGUACAUAUGUUCAACAAAUAAUUAUGAAAUGAUUCACUUUUCAAAAUGUUGUUUUUUGAGAAAAAACAUACGAACCAGAAUACAUGUUUUGCAAAUAAAUGUACGUCCAGACUGAAAAUAUCUUGGCACAUCCUGCGUUUAAGCAUGUUUGAACAAGAUCCAGCAGGUGGCAUCUCUCUCCUUCAAAAAGGAUUUAAAAUUAAAUGGUCGCCCUGUGGCGACUGUGAAGUGCAA